UUUUUAUAUAUCUCCCUGCGCAUCACUUUCUUUGUGUCUCUCCCUGGGGCCUAGGGCGAUAUGGCAACAUACGGAAGAAAAAUGGGGUUCAAAAUGGCGUCGAAUCUGAUGAGAACCCUCCUAACUCCAUCAACCUCCAAUUUCGCUUCAAACUCGAGAACUCUCACCACCGCCGCCGCCGCCGCCACCGCCACCAGCAGCUUCGUUAGCAGUGAAGUUAUCACCUCCCACACUGCCAAAUGGAUGCAGGAUACAAGCAAGAAAUCUCCCAUGGAGUUGAUCAAUGAAGUUCCACCCAUCAAGGUUGAGGCCAGAAUUGUUGCUUGCGAAGGAGACAGCAAUCCUGCGCUUGGGCAUCCAAUUGAGUUUAUUUGCCUUGAUAAGGAUGAGCCAGCUAUCUGCAAGUAUUGUGGUUUACGCUAUGUUCAAGACCAUGGCCACCAUCGCCAGUAAUGAUUCUGAAAAUAAAUUCUGCAAGGAUAAUCAACCAUGACGGGCUUGUGGGGGAUAAUCACAAGGAUAAUGGUGAAAUUUCUUCACAUUGUGUUUUACACUUUAGUUUCAAUAAAUCUUUGUACCUAUAAUGCUUGCAUGCUUUUGUUAUCAGCAGAAUAAGAAUUUGGUAUGACUAUUCUUAUUGUUUUCCGGAUCUAAAUUUACAUCAAACUACCUUUGUUAUGCUUUAUCUA